UUUCCCUCAUUCAGCUCACAACCCACAACCCAUACAUCACACAUCACACACCCUGUCUGGUGUCCACAUCCACCUCGCUGCUCACACAAACUACUUCCACACAACAAGGCAAGCUAUUCGAUAUGCCUAAAGCCAACACUUCAGUCCGGACAUCCAACGGAAUGUCCGCUAUCGGGCGUCGAUCUUCCGCACGCGUGUCGCCAUACCCCUCGCGCGAGGAGGUCCAUUCCCAUCAAGCAAUGGCUCCUACCCUUCGGCAAGCGGACGACAAAGAACUGUUCGUUGAUUCCAAUAAGUCCGGAGAUGCCGACACAAAGAAGAUGGCUAUAGAAGCCCCAGAUCCAGCCCUUGUCAAGCCAGAAACAACCUUCAAUGCAUGGGAAUCGGACGAUGAAGAUACGUUUGUGGACCAUGUGGAGUCGAAGGCAAUGAUGUGGUUUGACGGUAGGAUGCUCCCGAUCAUCGAACCUGAAGACCCCUUUGCAAAAAAGCCUGUCAAGAAGGAGAUCCUGAAGGGCACGCCAGAUGAUCGUCUCACUCUCAACAAUCUGUCAGGCUUCUUCAAGCUUCCGCGGGAAGUCCGAGACCACAUCUAUGGCUAUGUGGCGGACGGUAGAAAGAAGGAUACUGAGUACGUCUACUUACAGACCAAUAAGAACGACUAGUCAGAGGUCACCGAGCUCAACCAGAUGAGCUUCAUCCUCCGCAAGCCCGACUGGGACCGCAAAAACUUCUUUCAUGCAUCCGACAUGGAGGACCACCCAAACUCUCGAUAUAGCGGCUGGGUGGA